AUGGGUUCAAGAGGGAAAGUAAUCGUUAUUGCAGGAACCACAGGGGUUGGUAAGUCCCAGCUUUCCAUUCAGUUGGCUCAGAAGUUUAAUGGUGAGGUAAUAAAUUCAGACUCUAUGCAAGUCUAUAAGGGCGUCCCUAUAAUUACCAAUAAACACCCCAUCGAGGAACGAAAUGGGAUUACACACCAUGUCAUGAAUCAUGUGGAUUGGACGGAAGAAUAUUAUUUACACCGGUUUGAGAAGGAAUGCAAUGAUGCCAUUAAAGACAUUCACAGCAGAGGUAAGAUAGCUAUAGUAGUCGGCGGGACUCAUUACUAUUUACAAUGUCUAUUCAAUAAGCAUGUCGAUUCAGGUUCAAAAGAGCUUACCAGUGAAGAAAAUCAAAUAUUAAACUCUGAAGACCCUGAGCUUGUCUAUGAUACUUUGAAAAAAUGCGAUCCAGAGAUUGCUUGUAAAUUUCACCCAAAUGACACAAGAAGAGUACAGAGAAUGCUUGAGAUCUUUUACAGAUCUGGCAGAAAGCCAAGCGAGACGUUUGCAGAACAAAAGACGACGCUGCUUUACGACACUUUGUUCUUCUGGCUGUACAGUGAUCCGGAUCCUCUGAACAAGAGAUUGGAUGAUCGUGUGGAUAAGAUGCUUGAAACCGGUGGUAUGGAAGAAAUAAAUGAGCUCUACAAUUUUUUCAAGGCCAAAAACUAUGAAUCCGGCCAGUGUGAGAAUGGAGUAUGGCAGGUAAUUGGGUUCAAAGAGUUCUUACCAUGGUUGACACAUCAGCCAUCUGUAUCACUGGAAGAUUGCGUGGAAAGAAUGAAGAUUAGAACCAGGCAAUAUGCAAAGAAGCAGGUCAAAUGGAUCAAAAAAAUGCUGAUUCCUGAUAUAAAUGGUGAUUACUUUCUAUUGGAUGCAACUGAUUUGUCUCAAUGGGACCUCAACGUAGGAGAAAGAUCGCGAGUUAUUGCCGAACAGUUUGUCAACGACCAAAGUAUUACAGAAAAGCAUGCCCCCGAGAGGUUGACCUCUUUGAUAGCUGCGAAUACAGUUAAUAAAAUAAAUUCUGAGAACUUAAACCAGUACACAUGCCAUAUCUGCCAUGACCGAGAUGGUAAACCACUGAUAGCGAUCGGUGAGCGGAAUUGGGCAAUCCACAUGAAAAGUAGGAGACAUAAAUCCAACUCAACAAGAGGCACAUGCAAAGCUGCCUAUGAGAAGUGGAAGUUGAUGAAUAAAGAGCCCAGCGAGACUUAA